GUGUAGUUGAGCUGUUGUGUGUGUCUAUCUGUAUGUGUUUCAAGCAGCAAAAUGGCAGGAGCCAGAAUUUUUCAGGUCGAGUUCAUGUGUCCAAUGUGUCCGGAUCUCCUGAAGGAUCCGGUGACCAUUCCCUGUGGACACAGUUACUGUAAGAGCUGUAUUACAGACUGCUGGGAUGAGGAGGAUCAGAUGAGAGUCUACAGCUGCCCUCAGUGCAGACAGACCUUCAGUCCAAGACCUGAUUUAGCUACGAACACCAUGCUGGCUGAAGUGGUGGAGAAACUGAAGAAGAUGAAAGGUCCUGCUGACUUUUACGCUGGAGAUAAGAAGUGCGACGUUUGUACUGGAAAAAAAUACAAAGCCGUCAAGUCCUGUCUGAUGUGUCUGAACUCGUAUUGUCAGAAUCACCUUGAGGAACAUGAAAGCUGGUUUAAAGGAAAGAGACACUAUUUGACUGAUGCCACUGGACGACUGCAGGACAUGAUCUGCCAGAAACAUGAGAAGAUACUUGAGGUUUUCUGCCACACUGACCAGAAAUGUAUAUGUGUGCUGUGUAUGGAUGAACAUAAAUACCACAACAUUGUAUCAGCUGCAGAACAGAGGACAGAGAAUCAGCACCAACUGAAGGAGACACAGAAGAUGUUCCAGCAGAGAAUCCAGCAGAAAGAGAAAGAUCUUCAGCAGCUGAGAGAGACUGUGGAGUCUCAGAAGCGCUCUGCACAGACAGCAGUGGAGGACAGUGAGAGGAUCUUUACUGAGCUCAUCCGUUCCAUUAUGAGAAGUCACUCUGAGCUGAUACGACUGAUCAGAGAUCAGGAAAAGACUGCAGUGAGUCGAGCUGAAGGACGACUGCGGCGACUGGAGCAGGAGAUCAAUGAUCUGAGGAGGAGAGACAACUUUGAUGAAAUAACAUUCACCUACGUUGUUCUCUGGACCAGGAACGACUUCCUACGAUAUUCCCAUCAGCUCACUCUGGAUCUGAACACAGUGAAUAAACACCUCUGUCUGUCUGAGAGCAAUAGAAUGAUUACUGCGACUAAAACAGUCCAGUCGUAUCCUGAUCAUCCAGACAGAUUUGAUGUGUAUCCUCAGGUGUUAUGUAGAGAGAGUGUGUGUGGACGCUGUUACUGGGAGCUGGAGUGGAGUGGAAAUAACGGAGUGCGUAUAUCAGUGUCAUAUAAGAGCAUCAGCAGGAAGGGAGAUGUUGAGUGUUUAUUUGGAUUUAAUGAUCAGUCCUGGAGUUUGUUCUGCUCUCCCUCCAGAUACUCAUUCAGACACAAUAAAAUAGAGACUGUUCUCUCUGUGAAGUCCACCAGCAGUAGAAUAGGAGUAUUUGUGGAUCACAGUGCAGGAACUCUGUCCUUCUACAGCGUCUCUGACACAAUGAGCCUCAUCCACACAGUCCAGACCACAUUCACUCAGCCACUCUAUCCUGGGGUUUGGGUUAAUAAUGAAAUAUCAGUGAAACUGUGUUCAUGAAUCAGAAUAGAUUGCAUUUCAGCCUGUCUGAGUGACAUUUCUAGCUGGAUGAAUGACCAUCACCUUCAGCUCAACCUUACUAAGACAGAACUGCU